AGGCUACGGCUCCCGCAGGGUCUGGGGGGUCCAGCUGGAUCUCUGCCCCCCAGCCCGCAGUGCCACACACCUGCUGGCAGGGACAGAGGCCGUUCAUUCCUGACAUCCCUGCAGGACAGGGGAGUCAUGGCUGGGCCAAGCCACCAAAGUUACAUCCGCGAAUUCACACGCCACUCCAGCGACGUCCUGAUGAAUCUGAACGAGCUGCGCAAGCGACAGAUCCUGACGGACGUCACUUUGAGGGUGGGAGGCUGCCCCUUGCAGGCCCACAAGGCUGUCCUAACGGCUUGCAGCGGCUUCUUUUACUCCGUCUUCCUGGGCCAGGGAGGCCACGAAGUCAGCGUCCUGACCUUGCCCAGUGCCAUCGAGCCGGUGGGCUUCCAGGCCCUCCUGGACUUCAUGUACACAUCCCGCCUUCUGCUCAGCCCGGGCACGGCCCCCGCGGUCCUGGUGGCGGCUUCUUACCUGCAGAUGGAGCACGUGGUGGAGAGCUGUCACCGCUUCAUCCAGGCCAGCUACGACCGGGUGACCUUCCUGUUACCGCCUCCGGUGCCCCACAUCCUUCGCCAGACGUUCCAGCCGCUGGAAGAGGAGCAGCCGCAGCGACGGCGGGGGGGAUCCAUCCCGGCCCCCUUCCCCCGAGGGGGGCAAGGGGCUGCCACCGAAGGGGCCCCGCAGCCUGGAUCCUUCUGCCCCCAAGAGAAGGACUCGGGGCCCGCCCGGUCUCCGGGAGCCGGCGAUCAGUUCCCGCCGGGCCAGCCGGCCUCUCCUUGCGAGUCGAGCGGCUGCGCCCCGACCCCGGACCCCAAAGCUUGCAACUGGAAGAAGUACCGGUUCAUCAUCCUGAACUCCAUGCUCCACGGGGAGAGGCAGGGCAGCCCGGCUGGCCACCUGGGGGAGUCCGGCACCUCCGGAAAAGGAAGCCCCGUUCCUAGGUCUCCUGCUGAGCCCCAGUGCUCCAUUUGCAACCAGGCGCCCUCCUUGGUCUCUUCCCAGCCCCCCAAGGAGCUUUCUGUGGAAAGAGGAGAUGGCUGCAGCCCGGGCAGCGGAUCCUCCAGCUGCAAGGCCUGCGAUCUGCAGUACCUCCGGGAAGAGGAGGAAGAGGAGGGAGGCAGCCCAGCCGCCACCCCGGCUGCAGAGGAGAAACCCUACAAAUGCCAUUUCUGCAGCUCUGCUUUCCGUUACAAAGGGAACCUCGCCAGCCAUCGAUCCCUGCACACAGGAGAGAAGCCCUACCACUGUGGGAUCUGCGGGGCCCAGUUUAACCGGCCGGCUAAUCUCAAGACGCACCUGCGCAUUCAUUCAGGAGAGAAGCCCUACAAGUGUGAGACUUGUGGCUCUUGUUUCGUGCAGGUCGCCCACCUCCGAGCCCAUGUCCUGAUCCACACGGGAGAGAAGCCGUACCCAUGUGGGACCUGUGGGACACGCUUCCGGCACCUGCAGACCCUCAAAAGCCACGUCCGCAUCCACACCGGAGAGAAGCCUUACCAUUGUGAGAAAUGCAGCGUGCGCUUCCGCCAUAAGAGCCAGCUACGGCUUCACCUGCGGCAGAAGCACGGCGCCAUCACCAACACCAAGAUCCGCUACCAAGUGCUGGACGGCCCGUACGCCACCCUCUGCUGAGAUCCCGGCUGCCAGCUUCCGGGCCGGGCAGGGAGCCGAGGCUCCGUCUUUUGGGAGCCGAGAAGUUGGCCUUUGGACCUCCGUUUUCGA